GACUCACGCAGUGAUUGGCGGGGGCCCGGGCCUGGCGGAGUAGGGGCGGGGCCGGAAGGUGACCGGCACCAUGGCGGCCACGCCGCCACUGCGGGACCGCCUGAGCUUUCUGCACCGGCUCCCGAUUCUCCUGAAGGGAACGUCGGAUGAUGAUGUCCCGUGUCCGGGCUACCUGUUUGAGGAGAUUGCCAAGAUCUCCCACGAAUCCCUGGGCAGCAGCCAGUGUCUCCUGGAGUACCUGCUGAACCGUCUGCACAGCGGCUCUGGCCGCGUGAAGCUCAAGGUGCUGAAGAUCCUGCUGCACCUGUGUGGUCACGGCUCCUCAUCCUUCCUGCUCAUCCUGAAGCGCAACCCUGCCUUCAUCCAGGAGGCCGCGGUUUUCGCGGGGCCCCCGGAUCCUCUCCAUGGGAACAGCUUGUACCAGAAGGUGCGGGCGGCCGCCCAGGACUUGGGGGCUGCCUUGUACUCGGACGCCUUGUCACCUCCGCCUCCUUCCCAGCCUCCCAGGACCCUGCCUCCGGCAGGCAUGGGCUCCCAGUCCAGACCCCAGAGCACCCUGCAGGGCUUCGGCUACAGCAAGGAGCGGGGUCACACAGGCUCCGCGGGCGAAGCCUUCCUGUCCACCAUCCAGAAAGCUGCAGAGGUGGUGGCCAGUGCCGUGCGCCCUGGGCCUGAGAGCCCCAGCUGCCAGAGGUCCCUUCCGCGGGGUGACGCCUACCAGCCGGCUGUGACACCUUCAGCCAGCCUCGGCACCCCCGCCUCCGGGAGCCCUCUCCCCAUGGCCAGCCCAGGAGCGAGAGCGCCUUCGAGCAGCUCUGCAGCCCGUCAGGGCCCAGAGGCAACAGGGGAGCCCUCCGCAGGGGCCAGGCUCCAUGCCAUGUGUGUUCUAGUGGUGCACCGUGAUAUGGGAGGGAGCGACGACUGCCCGUGCCCUCCGCCUCCACUUCUGCCUCUCCCAGAAGCACCGUCCCGUUUGCCUGGCUUGGAAGAAGAAUGUCAGCACUUGCUGGGACUUGAGAGCUGCUGUGCUGGGCACUGUCCCCACUGCCCUGGCACUGCAUGGCCUCCCACCCGCCUGGCGUCUGGCAUCUGUGUUUUCUGGGCAGCAGUGAGACACCAGCCCGGGCAAGCCGGAGGUGGCUGGGAUGAGCUGGACAGCAGUCCCAGCUCUCAGGAUUCUUCCCAGGAGAACGAUGACCUGGGCAAGGCCUCGGACUCGGGCAGUCGGUCGGGCAGUGACAGCCCCUCGGGGGCCAGCCGGGCACCUAGUGACCUGGCAGAAAGGGUUGAGGCUGUGACCUUGAGUGACUGCCAGCAGGAGCUGAGCCUGGUCCGGACUGUGACCCAGGGGCAGCACACCUUCCUGAGCCGAGAGGAGGUGCAGCACUUCGUCAAAGAGUGUGGCCUCCUCAACUGUGAGGCUGUGCUGGAGCUGCUCAUCCGCCACCUGGCUGCCACCAGUGAGCGUGUUCAGAUGAGAGCCCUGGGUGCCAUCGCCUCCCUCGGGUGCACUGACCUGCUCUCUCAGGAGCGAGUCCUGCUCCUCGCCCGGCCUCGGCUGCAGGAGCUCAGUGCGGGCAGCCCCGGACCCGUGACCAACAAGGCCACCAAGAUCCUGAGACACUUUGAAGCCUCCUGCCGACAGUGGCCCCCUGCCCGGAGGCCCCCAGCCGAGCCUAGCCCUGCAGCCGCCCGUGUGGGCCCAUCAGACCUGCUGACCGACACCCUGCCUUUCACCGGGGGCCAGGCCUUCCUACAGCCUCUGAGUUCAUCUUUGUUUUCACCCAAGGGCAGUAUGCCCCCAUCAGGGCUGCAGCCCAGCCCUGUGCCCCCAACGUCCCCAGAGAACUGCCCCCUUCCAGUCCCUGGGGCUGCCAGGGAGGCUGAGACCAGGCUGGCAGGUUCCAGAGACCAGGGGGCUGCAUCUGAGCAGGGCCUGCUCUGCAUGGACACCCCAAAGGGAGGGCCAGAGAUCACCCUGGGCCCCGGCCACAGCUGCAGCUCCUUAUUUGCUGGCAUGGAACUGGUGGCCUGUCCCCGCCUGGUGGGGGCUGGGACUGCUGCAGAGGAUCCCCUCCCAGCCCACCAGGCUCCCUGGACGUUGUCACAGAGGCUGGCAGCAAAAGAGCCUUCCAGCUCUGAGCCGUCAGCUUUUGCAUUCUUAAACUCAUGAUCUUGUCCACCUGGGCCACAUGCAGUCUGUGUGCUCCCUGGCCUGUGACUCCCAGGACCCUGUGACUUUGUGCUGUCCCCUAUGCCCACAGCCCCCGAUUCCCCUCUCUGUGGUCAGCCUCACCCUCCCCUGGCCUCUUCCCCUCACCCACUGAGGCCUUGGUGUGAGCAGCUACCCAGCCAGGCGAGCUUAGAGUGGAUGGCUCACCCAGGGAUGAGAAUGGCCGCAAGUAAAACCCAGGUGAUAUUUUAGUCCAUGCACCAGCUAGAGCCAGACCACCACUGUGGUAACGAGGUGCCCAUGGGAGCUGCUCCUCAACUUUGCCCCUAAGGUGGGUUUCCUGUUUUUCUGCUGGGAGGCAGGACCCCCCUCUUACAGCCUGCCCUCUGGGUUUGAUGGCCCAGGAGCAGCGUCCCCGAGCACUCUGCAGGAUUUGCAGGGAGGGCAGGACAGGCCCAGAAAGAGGAGCCGAGCACAAGCUAAGCCUGGCAGCUGGUGGGCCCUGGGGUGCCGGAUCUCCCGCCUCAUGGCCAUCUGCUCUGGCGGGUUGAGCACACCGUCCACUUUUCCCAUCUGCCAGAGGGACGAAGGGAGGGCAGUGGGGCAGACAGCAUGACGUGGCCUGCUCAGAGGGCACUGGAGGGGAGCUUACGGGAGAGGCCUGGUGACGGAGCUUGGAGACCCCACACCCAUUGAAAUUGGCCCAAGUCCCCGGGAUCCUUGUGGGCACACAGAGAAGGGUACCAGGGGAAGACGGAGAGGACCCAUCUGCAGGCUGAGCCCAGGCCCGGUCUCCAGCCAAGCUUCUGCUGUUUCCAGGCGACAAUCCUGAGAGGAGGAUCCCAGGGCCACCUCACUCAUUCCUCCACCCCCACCCUGCUGUCUCCUUGGCCAGAGACUGGCCAUUUGGACUUGAAUUCCCUUAGCAGCAGGCAGGCAGGCACGGAGCCUUGCAAGCAUUGACCUUGGGGUCCCCUGGGGAAACCCCUGCCUUCCUGGCCCUCAGAAACAAGGAUUUUUUGGGUCAGUUUGGAACCACUGCUUGGGUCUUUGUUUUUGAGCUCAGAUCCCUCCCUUUGAGGGAGGGGGGUGUUGUAAGCAGCCUCCCACCUUCUCGUCCAUCAGGAUUAGGGUCUGGGUAGGGUUAGGGCAGCAUCAGGUCCCUGUAUGACCCGUGUCAUCUCCCCACUCCCGUGACCUCUGCCUGCAGACUGUACAGCCACCUCAGAGCUAGGGCUGUGGUCGCUCUGGGGAGAACUGGGGAUGGCCUGGGGUCAUACCUCCCACAUAAACACUGCUGUUCACAGGAA